ACGCUCUUGUUCAAAAGUCGUGUUUCAUCGGCUGCUAUGUUAUCUCACUUCGCUUGUUUAAAAACUAUCGAGAAUUGGAACACAUGAAUCGUACAAUGCAACUUACAAGUUAAUAAGAAAUGAUCAUUGACCAUUAGGAUCAGGGAACUUUCGAUGUGCCGAUGGUACGUACGUAAAGGAGAAAAAAACGUGAGAAAAGUGAAACUGUUCUAUAUAUGAGCUAUAGCGUUUGCGCAGAGCAUCAUUUUUGAGAUUUUAUGCGGUAAUGAAAGACACACGUUGUACUUUCGAAUCGUUGAGCUGAUGAGUUUUCAUUUGGUGUGAACACAUGUAGUAUCUUCUAUACUCUAACCUGCGGCUCUUUACUUCCAUAAACGAUGCCCAUGACUGAUUUAAACCUGUCGUUAAACAUUUGAACAAUUGGGCAAGUCUGCCAUGUCGGACAAGUCUCGUCGAAGCACAAGAAAGCGAAACAUACAUAGAUCAGCGUAUUUAAAAAAUUUGAAAAGUAUUCACGACCCCGAUGAACGCAUCGAUUGUAUUCGACAAAUUCUACUAAGCGAUGGCGAGCUACCUUCAAUCGAAAAAAUCCACAUCAUCAACAGCAUAACAUUAAACAUGGUCAAAGCUAUAGAAAAAGUCGAACCGAACGACUCCGAGCGGUUGAGCGAAGGCGAAAUCGACAGCGUCGGCGAUGACAACUCGAAGCAGAGCUCGCCCGGGCCCGAUUCGGACGAUGUUUUUCUCUCGCGGCCGUCUUCAUCCGCACCCGAUUCGGACGGCGAAUCUCAAAAGUCCUUCCGACCGAACUCAACCGCGCCCGCCGUGGACGUCGAAUUUCAACUGACCAAUCACGUAUUGAUGAAAAAUCCAACGUGCACCGUGCGGUACAACGGUUACGGCGCGCACGAGUACGAGCCCCACGUGGCCGAGUUCCCGGUGAACAACGAUAAUACGCUCGCUAUAAUGCUGGGCUUCGUCUCUUUCGAGCCUCCGCCGUGCCCACCGAAUCAGCUGUGCCGCCUCAAGCAGAAGCAAAGGGUGCGCCAAGGCAUCGAGGUCGCGUACUUGGACAUGUACAGGGAGACCCUGGACGCUCUGUGCGAGAUGCAGCACAAGGUGAGCCAGUACUACUUCAACCAGACGUCGGGGUGUCUGCUGUUUCAGAACCUCGACGUGCAGGCCUGGAUCAAGCGGGACGUCCUCGACGGCGAGCCGAGGCUGUUUCUUGAGAACAUCGAUCCCCAAAUCAGGCUACGCAAGAGGAUAGCCAUGACGCGCAACGACUACGCUCAGCUGUGCCGACUGUAUCCGACACUCAUUCAGGACUAUCAAAAGUUAACUAAGCAGCGACGAGGCCGCGUGAAAAGAGUGAAAAGAGCUUCGUAAAAUGUAUCAUAAAAUUAUCAGUAUUAUCGAAUCGUUUUGUCUAGAAUUUUAAGAUCUCGAGAUCGCUAUAAAUAAGUUAUUGACCGAUUAUUUUUCAAUAAUCGUAUUGCAAACUUUUAAACUGUUGCGUACAAAAUUUUAUUGUAAAAUAAGUCAAGCAAUAAUUUGAUGUUAUAUUUUAAAUUGGAUUUUCGCUUUCGUUAGACGUUUCGAAGUUUUGUACCGUACAAAAAUGUAACAUUAUCGUAGAUUGGGUGUUUAUACACAUGUGUCGCAGCGAGAGGAUGAUCUUGAAGAGGUCAAAAUGUAAAUAUUUCUCGUGUAUCGAUUUUAUCUCCGACUCGGCUUGCGAUUUCGACUGGAUUUUCUAUGUCUUACACGUACAUAUUCUAAUAAAGAGAAAAUCAAACGUUGCUUUCAA